AUGGAAUACGAGAACGACCAACGCGGCUACGACGACCAGCCUCGCGGCUAUGAGCGCGACCGCAGCAGGUCACCACGCCGUGAGGGCCGUGACAGCCGUGACAACGACAAUGCGCGUGCCCGCAGUGCCUCUCCUAACGGCCGUGAUAGCCGUGGCCCACCGCCGCAGGCCCGCGACCGCGAGCAGGACGAGAGCCGCAACGAGGGCUCCAACCUCUUCGUCACCGGCAUUCACCCCAGCCUAACUGAGGAUGAGGUGACGCGUCUUUUCGAGAAGUACGGUGAGGUCGAGCAGUGCAACAUCAUGCGCGACCCUCACACCAAGGAGUCUCGUGGCUUCGGCUUCGUCAACAUGGUCACCCCCGAGCAGGCAGAUGCCGCCAAGGAGGGUCUACAGGGCGAGGUUCACCAGGGCAGGACUCUGAGCAUCGAGAAGGCUCGUCGUGCGCGUCCUCGUACGCCAACGCCGGGCAAGUACUACGGUCCUCCCAAGCGUGAAUUCGGUGGCAGCAGCAGCGGUGGCGGCGGCAGGGGCCGCGGAGGCCCUCGCUAUGGCGACCGCUACUCUGACGACCGUCGGGGUGGAGGUGGCUACGGACGUCGGGAUGACUAUGGCUCUCGCCGCUACGACGACCGCGGCUAUGGUGGAAGCAGCCGACGAGAUGACUACGGCUCUCGCGGCGUAGACCGCUACGCUUCUGACCGUGGCUACAGCGGCCGUGACGACCGUCGUGGUGGUGGCGGCGGUGGCGGUGGCUACUACGACCGACCUCCUCCCCCAGCCAGUGGCUCUGGUGGUUACGAUGCUGCUCCUCCUCGCGAGUCGUAUGGCGGAGGCCGCUCAUACGACGGUGAUUAUGAUCGCUCUCACAAUUAG